AUGGCGAUGUCAGAUCUUCCACGGGAUUUGUUAGAGGAUAUACUCUAUAGGAUUCAAGCCCUUCAAGCCAAACUCAAGGUUCAUCGAGAAGCAGACCAAGUCGAUGUAUCUGAAAUCUUUCACUGCGAUGGUUUAUUAUUGUGCACCACCAAGGACUAUAGUCUCGUGGUUUGGAACCCUUGUACUGGUCAAACCAGGUGGAUCCAACACAGUCAUGCAGCUUAUCCUCGUAAGGAAGAGUCUAUGUUUUUCCUUGGAUAUGGAAACAACAAGUCUUGCCGAAGCUACAAAAUCUUGAGGUGUUGGGAUGAUGGCACCCUAUUCGACCAAGUUGUGGAGUUUGAAAUCUACGACUUUAGCUCUGAUUCAUGGAGGGUUCUCAAUAAUUUCAAUUGCAACUUCGUCUUACUAGUAAAUGGCAUGUCUUUGAAGGGAAAUGGUUAUUGUCUUGCUUUGGAUAACAUGAACCACGAUAAAUUAUACUUACUCAGUUUUGAUUUUACAACCGAGAGAUUUGAACGCCUCUGUCUUCCAGCUUUACAGAAUCUUGAUUAUAAAACUAUAGCUCUAUCAGUUGUUAGAGAAGAGCAACUCUCAUUGGUACUUCAGCGCGUUGUCGUGCAUCAAAGGUGGAUGUAUGGAUGA